AUGCCUGCAUCACCAGAUAUUGCCAAGCGGGAUUUGUCUUCGAUGAGGACGGGGGAGGAGAAAGAUGGGAACAAUAAUGCGGCGGAGGAGUUGAGAGAUGUAGAAUCAGAUGCUGCGUCUGUGGAUACGAAAGCUGGGUCUAUUUGGACGAUUAUGGGAUCUGCAAUGGCGAAUUACUCAGAUGGAUAUCAACAGGGCUUGGCAUCCAGUACAAACGUAGUGUUUAAUCACCUCCUCGGCACCAAAAUCUACACUUCGACAAUCCAAACCCGCAUUUCCAAUGCCCUCCUCGUCGGUUCCGUCAUCGGUAUCCUCAUACUAGGUUAUACCUCUGAUAAGUUUUCCCGCAAGGGAGGCAUGCUUUUCACAUCCGCUCUCGUGAUCAUCGGUUCUCUCCUCUCUACCCUCGCGUUCCAAGUAGAACCCUCCUCAAACAUGCUCUGGUUCCUCACCAUCGCCCGCGGCAUAGCAGGCGUCGGCGUCGGAGGCGAAUAUCCCACUUCCGCCGCCGCGGCGCUCGAAGGAUCCGCCGAUUCGUUCGAUGGGAAAAGAGGUCCCAUCCAAGUCUCCAUCUCUACCCUAAUGGCCACAACCGGUUCGCCCACCUGCACACUCGUCUAUCUCCUCUCGCUGCUCGCCUCAAACGACAAUCUCAAAGUCGCUUUCCACGCCAUCUACAGCACAAGUACCCUUCUCCCCCUCGUCGUCAUCCUCUUCCGUCUGCGCAUGACGGACGGAAAACUCUUCCGAAACUCCAAUCUCAGAAAGCGACCUAUCCCCUGGCGUUUCAUCAUCCGCAAAUAUGGCUUGCGGUGUCUGGGCACCAGCACCGCCUUCUUCCUCUACGACUUUGUCAACUUUCCCAACAGCAUCAUGAGCGCCGCCAUCAUCAACGGACUCGUGCCGGGGAAAAACAUCCGCACCGUCGCCAUCUGGCAAUUCAUCCUCGCCAUCUUCCCCAUUCCCGGGGUGCUGCUGGGCAUGUGGCUCGUGAACCGCAUUGGCCGCAAAUGGACGGGCAUUCUCGGGUUUGCGGGAUACAUCCUCUUGGGAUUUAUUAUCGGGGGUUGUUAUGGGAGACUCACCACGUCGGAAAAUCUCCCGGCGUUUGUGGUGCUGUAUGGUCUUUUUGCGAGUCUGGGUCAUAUGGGUCCCGGUGCUACGAUUGGGUUGAUGAGUGCGGAGAGUUUCCCGACGGCGAUUAGGGGUUGGGGUAUGGGUGCUGGAACUUGUACAUAUUACCACAAUUUAGAUAGCGACGUAAUCAUCUGCGGCUCCUCGGCAGUCGAACAGAUCGGCGGCGUGGAAUUGACCAUCUGUACCGGAAGCACCACGACGACCCUUUCGACGCUCACGCAGGCCCCUACCCCCACAGCCACAAUAUACAAUGCUAUAUUCCAAGGCUUUGCCUGCGAAGGCGUCGCGCCGAACUUUAGUGGAAAAUCCAUCACCUUCGCCUGUGAAUUGGGAAUGAACCAUCUAUCUCCCUUUGCUUUUGUGUUCCUCCAGAUGCAAAUUUUGGGAUAUUCAAGAUGCGUUCCAGGCGGCAAAUGGGACACGGGAAAAUUGGAAUGUAUUCGAGAAGCGUGUGAAGAAAUCAAUCCCCUCGAGAGCGGCUCCGAAGGUGCUGCCGAGGGAUUAGAGGCGAUUAUUGAGGGGACUGCCGCUGCUUUGAGAGGAGACUAA